AUGGAUAAUUUGGAGUCUAGCCUGUUCAAUCUCAUUGAGGCGGUGAAGGCGAUCAGUAAGAAGCGGGAGAUUCGUGUUGGAGAUUUGAAUGCCCUUGCACGGAAGGCUGAAGAUGUUCGCGGGUCUUUUUCCUUUGCAAAGAGACUAGUGAACGAGGUAUCUAUCCAGGGGACGCAGUCUGCCGAGAACUUACGUUUGAAAGAGGAAGAACUCGAAAAUGAAAAGCAGCUGCAUGAAAACACUGUUUCGGCAUUGCAGUCUGCAAUCGAAUCUGCUGAAGAAGUGAAUUCCAAACUCCAGGCACAAGUAAAUAGUCUUGAAACCGAAGCGGAGACCCUCAGGAACUCUAACGAUCAGUUAACGCAGAGUUUAAAUGUCUCUAAUGAGUCUUUGGCAAUGGUGAAGGAUGAGUUGCAAAAAACCUGUUUAGCAUGCGCCUCAUAUGAGGAGCAGAUCAUUCGGUUGAAUGAGCAGCUCAGCUUGGAAACAAUCGAGCACCAAACGAAAAUGGAGUUUUAUGAGAAGAAAAUCGGCGAGUUGACGAGUCAGGUGAAUACAAUGGAAGAGGGAAUGUAUGACCCCGAAGCAUAUUACUGUCUUGAGCGUGAUCGUUAUCUGAAUGAAUCAAAUCGCUUGGAAGAGGAAAUGCAAAUGAUAACGUUAACGGGCCAAAAGAAGGAGUAUUUCCUUUCAGAGAAAACCCGCGAAUGUGAGCAACUGCAGAAACAAUUGUCAGAGGCACAAAGCGUUACAGAUGGAUUGAAGAAUGAGAUUAGCAAGUACUCGACUCUAUUGCAGGGGAAGGAAGGCGAAUUGAAAGGUCUUCGAGAUCAAAUCGCGGACUUGCAGAAGAGUUGUGAGCAGAGAGAAGCAGAAAUUCGCGAAUUGAAAGAGCGUGGAGAUUCUUCACAAGAGAAAGAAGCUCUGCUUCAAGACAUCGCAACGUCCAAUUCACUCAUCGCCGAAUUGAAUGAAACAAAUUCGCAGCUGAAGAGCGAAAUGGAGAGUCUAAAGAGCGAGAGUACUUCUCUUGCACAGCAGUUGGAAUCUCAGAAAUCAGCGCGCGAGCUCUGCAAUGAGCAGCUAAAAGAAAAAGGAGAGUUGAUUGCAGCAAAGGAGCAAGAGAUCGCGAGAUUAGAACAAGUAUUGGCGUCGAAUCAGGAAGAAAUGAAGAGCAAGGAAGACGCGCAUCGUCAGCAGAUUGCGCAGUUGGAGCGACGUCGAGAUGAGCUUAUCAGCCAGUUAAAUGAUUCGACGAAUGGAAUGGAGGACAUGGAGGAUAUGAUCGCUUUGGAGGCAGAGAUCAAGCAGAAAGAAGAGAUGAUUGCUUCGCUGCAGAAGGAGCGGGAAGAGAGAGAGAAAGUUGUUGCACAGCAAAGAGAAGAUCUUCAUGCCUUGGAAACACGAGAGAAGGAAGCCAGGGAGACGAUUAAGCAGUUAGAGCAGUGGAAGGAGGAGAGCGUGAAAGAAGGAAAAUCAGCUGCGAGUUUGUCUCUACAAAAUUCAGAGUUGCAAAGUCAGUUGGAAGAAGCGAAACGUCGAGAAGAGGAGUUGGAACGGCAGUUGAAAGACGCGCAAUCGGAGCUGGAAUUGCAGAAGAUCGAGUGUUCCCAGUUGAGAGAAGCGGUGAAACAUUCAAAGGAGCUUCUUUUGAGGAAUUGA